GCCGUGGCAACCUGCUGGCAGUCUGGUGGUUGCUCUCUGUCAGGAAGGAGGUGCUCUGUACUUCGCUGUUCCAUCUCUGUUAUUUUCAACGAUAAAGAAGCUCAUUCAACACCAUGCCUGUUCUGGGUUAUUGGAGCGUCCGCGGGCUAGCAGAACCCAUCCGCACGUUGCUCGCUCACACCGGAACGGAGUACGAGAACAAGACGUACGAUAUGGGCCCAGCCCCCACCUACGACCGGUCGCAGUGGCUGAACGUUAAACCUACCAUCGACCUCGAUCUUCCUAACUUGCCGUACUACAUGGACGGCGACGUGAAACUGACUGAGAGCAGCGCCAUCAUCCGCCAUCUUGGCCGCAAGACGGGACUGGCGGGCGCCACGGAGCAGGAGAAGAUGCGCAUCGACGUCGCUGAGAGCCUCUACGCCGACCAGACCGGGAGUUUCGUCAGGCUCAUUAUCAGCCCCAACUAUGAGAGCGACAAAAUACCGUUCGAAGCUGACAUCAAGGAUAAGCUGCAGAAGUUCGCCACGCUCCUGGGGUCCAGCAAGUACAUAGCAGGAGAAGAGAUCUCAUACGCGGAUUUCCUAAUCCUGGAGCUGCUGGACCGCUACGAGAGCUUCUCCCCCAGCGCGCUGGCCGCGUUCCCCACCCUGAAGGCCCUUCAGACUCGCCUGCUUGACCUGCCAGGGGUGAAGGCGCGCCGCGACUCUCCGGAGUUCAAGAAAAUCAGCACAAGAUUAUUUGGCAGGAUGCACAAAUUUGGCCACGGGGAAGAAUCCUAUUAAGUUUAAAUGAGCGUAUGUUAUCGUACGGGUAACACUUAUACAGUUUUUUCUCCGCUAUCUUUUAGCUGAGGGUGAGCGAAUGUUGGUGGUUAUGGUUAGGGUCAAAAUUUUCUACCAACUUUUAUGUUCUAAUUUGAUCUGUUUGCUGAUACAAAUAAAACUAAUCUAAUAAGGUUGAA